AUGUUCCGGAUGUACAGCCAUCAAAAACCGGAAACGGCAGUUCUACAUUCAUCUACCCAAGAAACUUCCCAUGGUGUUUUACUGAAAACAGCCAUUAGCAAGGUGACUUCCGGUAACAUAACAAGGGAUACUCAUAUCCUGUUUGACGAAGGAGCACAGAAGUCAUUUAUCACCGAGACGCUAGCACAAGAAUUGCAACUAUCCACAUCCGGUACAGAAACCUUACACUUAGCAACGUUUGGUAACCAAGAACAACAACUAAAACAUGUUGAUUCCGCAACGGUGUACCUCAUUACAAACCAGAAAAAGAGAAUACCGAUCAAUGUAUUAAUAGUGCCUACUAUAUCAGUACCUAUUAGUACCAGUCUACACAACACAGCGUCCCAUUUACCUUACCUGAGAGGACUGAACCUGGCACAUCCGGUUAGCGGCGAUGAGGUAUUUACAAUUUCUCUGCUGAUAGGAGCUGACCAUUACUGGGACGUCAUUGAAGAUCAUAUUAUACGCGGAUGUGGACCAACUGCAGUGAAGUCCAAGAUCGGAUAUCUUUUGUCGGGACCUGUGAAUGCAUACUGCAACAAUACUACUAGUAAGAUGAACCACAUAUUUAACGUUAUGACCACACGUGCACGAGAUGAAAACGCUAUAGAACGUUUCUGGUCGCUCGAGAGCAUAGGUAUCACUCCGUGCAAAGACGAGCAUGAGAAGACGGAUUACUUGGUGCAGUAUCAGCAGACGUCAAUUGAAUUUACAGACGAUAAGUACACUGCAGCCCUUCCAUGGAAAUUAGACCACGACCCACUUCCAACAAAUUACAACAUCACAAAGAAAAGAACUGAGAGCACGAUUCGCAGACUUAGCCAGGAACCUGAUAUGCUAAAGAAAUAUGGUGAAAUUAUAUCAGAGCAAGAGAGACGGGGAUUUAUAGAAAAGAUUAACGAUGUUGCACAAACUUCAAAUGCAGUCCACUAUAUUCCCCACCACCCUGUGCGAAAGGAAUCAUCUACCACUCCUAUUCGUAUCGUGUAUGACUGUAGUUGUAAACAGUCAUCUAGUCAACCUAGCCUGAACGACUGCCUGGAGUCUACAGCACCUGUGCUGAAUGAAUUAACGUCUAUAUUGAUGCGAUUUCGAUUGAAAAAGUACGCUGUAACCACUGACAUAGAAAAAGCUUUCCUACAUGUGGGACUACAAGAAAAAGACAGGGAUGUUACCCGGUUUUUGUGGCUCACUGAUCCUAGUGAUCCUAAAUCUCAACUUUGCACAUACCGAUUCAAAGCAGUGUUGUUCGGCGCGACGUGCUCACCGUUCAUUCUUAACGCCACUAUUCUCAAACACCUGGAAUUGAACAAAACAAACAAAGCAGCCGAGAUUAUAAAGAGAGAUUUAUAUGUUGACAAUAUACUCUCUAGUUUUGAAGAAAAAAGAGAUCUACUCACCUAUUUCCGUGAUGCACGUGAUCUGAUGAAAUGUGCCAGUAUGAACUUAAGAUCGUGGUCUUCUAACAACUCCGAACUAAAAGCUAUCGCCACACGAGAAGGAGUCAUAGAUAGAGAUGAAGUAACAAGGUACUAG